AUGGCAAACAAACUGUUCUGUGUGACGCUGGACUGUAAUGUUGUGUUUUCCACAUCAGUUCAGGUCAGUAUACCCAUCACAGCCACAGUGUCUGGAGGAAACCUGGGAGAAACGUACAAGGCCGUGCAGUUUCACCUCCACUGGGGCACUAACGGAGGUCCUGGAUCUGAACACACCGUCGAUGGAGAGCAGUAUCCUAUGGAGCUGCAUAUUGUGCACAUGAAACAAAGAUUCAACAGACUUGAAGAUGCACUCAGAGAUCCUUCAGGAAUCGCGGUGCUGGGGUUCUUCUACGAGGAGUCGAGCAGCUCUAACAGAAAGUAUGAUCUGUUCACACACGGGCUGCGCAGCAUCCAGAAUACAAGUAAGAAAGUCUUUAUGUGUAACGUGGCUGACGAGACGUGA